AUGCAUUUCUCACAGCUGCUCGUCUCACAGUGCAUUCGUGUGAAGUUCUGCUGGCGAAUCCGAAGGGACAAAUACUUCGAUGGUCCCGUCACGGUGGGCAUGAGUUUAGACAUCGCCAGCAUUGAUACGAUAUCAGAGAUCAACAUGGAUUACACGGCCACGAUCUUCCUCCGGCAGCGCUGGACAGACGAGCGGCUCGUGUUUGACGGCAAUAAGAGCUUGAGUCUGGACGGGCGACUGGUGGAGCUGCUGUGGGUCCCAGACACCUUUAUAGUGGACUCCAAGAAGUCCUUCCUCCACGACAUCACCGUGGAGAACCGACUGAUCCGGAUCUUUCCCAACGGGACCGUUCUGUAUGCGCUGCGGAUCACCACGACUGUGGCCUGUAACAUGGAUCUGACCAAAUAUCCCAUGGACAAGCAGACGUGCACCUUACAACUGGAGAGCUGGGGUUAUAACGUCAAUGACGUGAUGUUUUACUGGGCGCGUGGGAACGACUCUGUGAGCGGUUUGGACACGCUGAGACUGGCUCAGUACACCAUAGAGGAUCAUUACACCUCAGAAUCCGAGGCCGUAUAUGAGACGGGAAAUUAUCCCAAGCUGAUCUUUCAUUUCGAGCUGAAGAGGAGCAUCCUGUACUUCAUCCUGGAGACGUACGUGCCAUCCAGCUUGCUGGUGGUGCUGUCCUGGGUCUCUUUCUGGAUCAGCCAGUCAUCCGUCCCCGCUCGCAUCUGCAUAGGUGUGACGACUGUCCUGACGAUGACCACACUGAUGAUGGGUGCGCGGACAUCUCUGCCCAACGCCAACUGCUUCAUCAAGGCCAUCGACGUGUACCUGGGCAUCUGCUUCAGCUUCAUCUUUGGAGCGCUGAUAGAGUACGCCGUGGCCCACUUCUGCACGCUAAACCACCCCGACUACAACAACGCGCUUAUGUACGGUCAUCACAUGCACGAGUGCGAGGAGGAGAUGAAUGGCAUCGUCACCACCAUCGCCAGCAAUUCUUCACGGAUAAAGCGGCGCAAAGAUUCUCCCGCUCUGGCACCCACGCCCACCUCCGGCGGAGAGCCUGGCCUCGCACCCUCCAGCCCGACCGCCAGCGAACCCAAGACUGCCGAGGCCCCAGCGGAGCUCUUUAGCCGCUGUGCCAAAAACAUCUCCAUCCUGAGGAAGAUUCUGAGAUCCAUUAACUGCUGUCAUGUGGAAAACCCACAUUAUAUAGACAACUACUCACGGUUAACCUUCCCGCUGUCGUUCAUCAUCGUUAAUUUGCUCUACUGGACCUACUACCUGUACUUUUAACCAGCACAUCAUGUUGAAUCAUUUCUGUGUGUUAGUAAGUAUGAUAGUGUGUGUCUGAAAGACCAGUAGAGACUCAACAGAGAAGGAGAAUUAUUAGGGUUGCACCGAUAUUAAAUUUCUCAGCCAAUACCAGUAGCCGAUUAUUGAGAAUGAUAUCUGCCGAUACCAAUAGUGAUUAUUCAGAAUAAUAUCUGCUGAUAACGAUUGCCGAUUAUUCAGAAAGAUAUCUGUCGAUACCGAUAGCCAAUUAUUCAGAAUAUGUGCAAUACAAUUAUUCAGAUUAUCUGACGAUACCGAUAGCAGAUUAUUCAGAAUGAUAUCUGCUGAUACGGUUAUUUAGAAUGAUAUCUGCCGAUACGGUUAUUUAGAAUGAUAUCUGCUGAUACGGUUAUUCAGAAUGAUAUCUGCCGAUACGAUUAUUCAGAAUGAUAUCUGCCGAUA